AAAGAUUUACACAACUUUAAAUUAGCAACUGCUGACUGACUAGUAGCAUCUUUUUCCUGCCCUGCAAGGUCUUUUAUGCUCUGCCCCUUUGUAUUCAGUUCCAAUCUAUGGAAGAAUUAGGAUCUGAAGGUUGCUUUUUUGAGGGAAGGAUUUGUUUUUCCCCAUUCUGCUCUCAAACCCAUUUUUAAGAUGUGUGCCAAGGCAACUGACUUUCUAUACUAGUGCUGUUACGAAAUUUUAAAAUUGAGAUGUUCUAUGUUUUAUCAGUGCCACUGUUUAAAUAAAUAUUUGUGUUAGAUUAAUUAUAUUGUGUUAGUCCCUUUGUAGCUGUUAUUCCUUUGGCAAAACACAACAUAAAUAUUUGAUUUUUUAAAAAAUGCUGAUUAUUCUCAUAUAGAUUCAUUUUUAAGAAUUUCUUCAACAAGAUCAGUUGGCACAUUGAAUGAAAAUAAAAAAAAGGCCUAGGCUAUAUAGUGUUUCCCUACCAUGACGGAGGAGGAGAGGAGGAGAGGAGGAGGUCCUGGUGGUCAGGAUAAUUAAAGGUGAUAUACAGGAAUAUUCAUCUUUCAUUAACUUUGCUAUAUUUCAAUAAAAUCAGUGCACUUAGUCUCCUUGAAGCUCCAAUGCAUCUCAGACCAUCAGACUGGGAAAGCCAGCCCAGAUUUGGUGAUGCCAAGCAACUAGUACCAAUCAAAAAGGAUAAUCGCGCCCUGUUCUUCUUCCUGGCAGGUCUCACGUGCUUAUAAUUAGAGCUCUAUCACAAUCAACCAGUUCCUGCAGCUCCCCAAUAGAAGGGGUGAAGGAACUUCUCCGGUGGACUUUGUUGAAUGACCAACCUGCAGCUGCUCUUCAAAAUGUUCUGCUGGGAAAAGGCGCCCGUUGAACAGAAAAGGGAAGGAACUUCGUCACCUUGCCCUCAGAGCAUUUAGACAAAAGAGGCGCCUCGGAAACCGGAACAGCCCUUAAAACCCAAACUCUGAGACGAGAGCGAAGCUCAGCGACGGAAGAGAAGCAGUAACUGCCAACACGGGGACGACGCUCUGGGCACCAAUUGCGCCAACGCAAUAGGAAGACCUCCUAUCCAGCGACUCCAGCUAAGCCAGCUUUGAUCGACGCCUGCCUAUUGCUGGUGCGCCAUGGCUGAGGGGACAGGCUGCGAGGCGCCCAAGGCAUGCUUGGCCAAGAUAGUGAUGGUGGGUGACUCCUUCGUGGGGAAAACCUCCGUCCUGAGGCGAUACACCGACCUUUGCCCCACUGCCCGGGGGCUGCCGCCUUCCUAUAUCACCACCGUCGGCAUUGAUUUUAAAGUGAAAACAAUUUCAUGUGAUAACACAACUAUGAAACUUCAAAUAUGGGAUACAGCUGGCCAGGAAAGAUUUCAUACCUUUACUACUAAUUUUUUUCGAGGAGCACAUGGAUUUGUUCUUGUUUAUGAUAUCACAGAUGCAAAAAGCUUUCAAGGAAUUUCACACUGGAUGAAAGAUAUAUAUGAGAAAGUAGGUGAAAAUACAGAUAUAAUAUUGCUGGGUAACAAGUGCGAUAAGGAGGCAGAACGUGUAAUUUCAAAAAACAGAGGAGAAAAGCUUGCUUGGGAAUAUGGAAUACCUUUCUUUGAGACCAGUGCAAAGGAUAAUAUAAAUAUUGAAAAUGCAUUUUCAGUUCUAGCCAAAGAAAUAUUGAACAAGAAUUCCUGUGUAUUUCUUGACGUAAACGUGGUGGACCUAAAUGAAAAACUACAAACAAGAUCUUGCUGUAAAUUGUGACUGUACAAAGAAAGAAAAAGCUACUAAUAUUGGUAACUUGGUACAUAUCAAUCCCUAACAUAUAAAUUACUCAAUUAAAGUACUGAUACUAACUAACAAAUGAACAGGUUCUUUAUCCAUUAUCAUUUUAUUUAUUUGCUGUUAUAAACCAAAUAUUAGAUUUACAUUAUACAUCAUGACUGUAAAAGUUAUUCAGAAUGGAAGAGUAAAAAAAAAUACAAAUGAUCUUUGAAUGUUGGCCAUCAUAGCUUGUUUAUGCAAUAAAUCUAAAAGGUAAACAUGACAUCUUUGUGAAGAUUUGAAUUCAUAUUUCCUAGUGAGCACUUUUAAACACUUUAUAAAAUGAGAAUAAGGAAUAAUCUAGAGUGAACUCAGGAAUGGUGGUCACUUCAAAGUCUCCAA